AUGUCGGGCAGCAACUCUCCACCAAGCCCAAUCAACGCCGCCAAGGCUCGUCUCACCGACGCCCAGAAGAAGAAGCAUCAUAUCGAGUCUGAGAAGAAGCGCCGUGAGGCUAUCCGCUCUGGCUUCGACCGUCUCUGCGGUAUCGUCCCUGGCACUGAGGGCCUGGGACGCAGCGAGGCGGUCGUCUUGCAGUCCACCGUCCAGUAUAUGAGGGAGCAGAUCGCCGAGAAGGAGCGCCUCACCCACAUUGCUAUGCAGCAGGGCAACUGGCAGAAGAACGCCAUCGACGACAUCUAUCGCCAGACGGAGAAGGAGAUUCGCGAUCGCGAAGAGGCUAAGGAGAACAGUAUGUUGGGGCAGGGUUGA